AUGGAGCAAGGGCCCGCAGUCCCAGCCUACAUUUUGCGAGGCCACGAGGCCCCCGUCCACGCUCUCCAUUUCUAUGCCGACAAUUCAUUCCUGGCGUCGGGUGACAGCGACGGAUGGAUGGUUCUAUGGAGUCUCUCGUCCAAGCGACCGGUUGCAGUGUGGAAAGCGCACGAGGCAGGUAUCCUACAGAUCCAACACUGGACAAAGGACAGACUGAUCAGUCAUGGCAGGGAUCAUAAGCUCCGCGUAUGGCAAGUCCGUCCUGAAACCCUCGCCAGCUUGAGCAGAAAACUGCCUGCUGAAGCAGCCAUCUCAGCGUCAGAUCUACCUCAGCCAUGGCUCCUCCAUUCAUUUUCCGUCAGCGCGCUCAACUUCUGCGCCUUCUCCACGUGCAAUGAAGACACGGCGGGAGAAGCAGCAGGAGAGGUGCCUUCGCAAUUGAUCGCUUCACCCAAUGGGCUCGACUCAGGCGGCAUUGACAUCUUCCAGCUUCCAUCCGAAAAGAGGGUGUCGCAGAUCGGGUCCGACAAGAAUGACCCGACAGGGAUGGUUAUGGCGGUCUCACUCUGGCACCAGCGAGACGAGCCUUCAUCGAGACUCGUCCUCGCUGCGGGCUAUGAAGACGGCCGAGUCACGGUGCAUGUGCAUCAGGGCGAUCUGGACGGUUCCGCGCGGGCAGCAGGUCAAACGUGGAAAAGAGUCUUGAUCGCCAAACCACAUAUACAACCUGUGCUCUCCGUCAAGAUUCUCCCUACUCAAUCACAGUUUCUGACCUCGAGCGCCGAUGCCAGCAUUGCCAAGUUCUCUGUGCCCACGCUCUCGGAGACAGCGGUCCACGAGACGCGGCCCGACAAGGCCGUCAACACGAAACAUGCCGGCCAACAAGGCCUCAGCAUUCGCUCUGAUGGCAGGAUCUUUGCGACGGCCGGCUGGGACGGACGUGUCCGGGUCUACUCGUACAGGACGAUGAAAGAACUGGCAGUGCUGAAGUGGCAUAAAGUGGGAGUCUACUCGACAGCGUUUGCCGACGUCAGCUCGGAGGACGAUGUCGACGUGAGCAAUGGAUCCGAGGAGCUCACGUCUUCUCCCAAGUCUACACCACCAACCCCUGCUCCUGGCAUCUCAAGACCCAUGAGCGCCCUCGACCUUAUCAAACAAAAACGAGAAGACAAAGCCCGACGGAUUCACUGGCUGGCUGCGGGUGGCAAAGAUGGCAAAAUAUCAUUGUGGGAUAUCUAUUGA